AUGUUCCGCGCUACUAGCUCCCGCAUGGCUGGCUUCGUGUUCCGUGAGAACCGUGUGCCCUACUACCAGCGUCUCUUCCAGAACCACGAUGGCAAGCGCCAAUGGUGGAAGACCUCCCGCUCCGGUUACAUCAUGUACCCCUACCUCAUCUCGGUCUACGGCCUCGGUGCUGCUACCACCUACGCCAUGUGCCGCAUGGUUCUCGGCCACAAGACUUGGAUCUAA